AUUUAGUAAACACGUCAUAUUCAAAUUGAAAAACCUAAUCUGAAAUCAUUACAUUUAAAAAUGAAUUUUCCAGUUGAAGUGCUACCUUCGGUAGAUACAAUUGAUAUUAACGAAAUCAAUCAGAAAGUUCCUGAGUUAAAAUUGACAAUUGAUAACUUAAAAAGCGAGAUUUUACAAUAUACAGACAAUGUUUACAUCAAAUAUAGUAGCAUGUCCCGUCCUAAAAAGAAUAGAGAACUUCUCAACACGGCUCAAAAUAUCGAAGAAGAGAUUAAACAUUUAAUCCAAAACGCAGAAAAUGUUACCAAAACAGAUUUAUGCAAAGCUAAAGAGAAAUUAACAGAACACACCAAAAAACUAGACACUAUUGAUUUCACGUUAAAAAUCCUGUCUAAUAUUUGUAAAAUUAAUGAAAAAUUGAACGAGUUUACGACAUGUUUGCAGGCUAAUCAGUUUUACAAGUGUAGAAAAAUUCUAAGCUGCUUGGAAUAUAUUAUUAGUGAGAUUCCGGAUGAUGAAAAAUUACUUAUUAUCGAUCAACACCAGUUUACAAUUUAUGAGAGAUACAAACUACUAUUAAACAAAAUAAGACAUUGUUUUCAAGAAAAAGUGGUGACCAAAAGCGAAGAUAACUCUGCCAGUAUAAGGAUUUAUAGCGAUAUUUAUCCCUUAGAUCAAGCACUGUUGGCUAUGUUUUACAAUGAGUCUUCUGUAUUUACUUUAAGUGAGUUUGCAGGGUUUUUAUGGAAAAAUUUCUUUGUGCCUAUCGUGGACAGUGUAGUGGAGGUGAAAGUUGAUGCAAAUGAUACUUUUUCUACACUUUACUUGAGUAAUAUCAAUCUUAACAAAAAAUCUACAUAUAAAGAAGUGUUUUCUCAAUUAAUAUUAGUCUUAGAGUUCUUAAAAAAUAAUUUUAAUUUUCCUUUGACCGAUUUAGAAGCCACUUUAACUACUGUAGAGUAUAUAGGGUUGGAUAUACAGGAUAAUCUAUCUGAAUUAAUUAUUAAACAUUGUUUAGUGGAUACUAUACCUUCUACUGUUGAAGGACUUCAAAAUUACAAAGUAGUUAUCCAAGAUACAAAUAAAUUAGAAUUGGUUUUGAGGGAAACUAAGAUAUUUUCUGCAGAAACAGCUUCUUUAUUAGAAUAUGCCAACAAUAUAGACUUCCAUUUCAUUAAUAAAAAAUGUCAGGAUUAUACAUUACAUUCCCAGCAGAUAAUGAAGAAAGAUCUGCACGAUGUACUAGAAGUGGGGGAGCCUUACGACCCUGAAAACUCGAUGGUGGCAGAAUUAGAACAAUUUUCGCAAUACUCUAUAUCGAAAUCUGUGAUUGAACUCCUUGACUAUUGCGAAAAAAUCCUACAGCAAGCCGUGAAUGGUUCAGAUAUGUCUGCAGGUAGGUUACUAGUGACCUGUCAGAAUAUCUUAAGAAGCUACACUACUUUUGUACCAGAAUACCACAAUAAACUACUGAAAACAAUUCCUCAACAAGUUGCUCUAUUCCACAAUAACUGUUUAUAUAUUAGUCAUUAUUUGAGUAAGUGGAAUGCAAAAUAUGUGUUAAAAAUGCCUUCUACUUUGGACUUACCUAGUAAAGGCUUUGAUAGGGAAAUUAGUAUCUUAAAAUCUGUCGGUUCAGAUAUUUUUGGUUCUUAUGUUAAAAGCCAAAUAAAGCAAAUUCAUGAAAUAAUGAAAUAUAGUGGUCUGGACGGAGUUAUGCUAGAAGGCGACUUAAAACCUGUGACAGAAAAGUGCAUACGACAGUGCUUGAGACAACAAGAGCUGCUAAAGACAGUAUGGCAUAAAAUAUUACCCUAUCGAAUAUAUAACGAAACUAUUGGCAUCAUUCUAAACACUUUAUGCACUUGUUUGAUAACCCCAAUUAUUAAUUUUGAAGAUAUUUCUUCCAAAUCGGCCGAACAAUUAGUGGACAUUAUUAAGAUGAUUAUUAGUCGGGGGCCGAAGUUGUUCACUGAUCCUAAAGAGGUCAGUUUGUAUGUUAAAUUUUGGUACAAAUUAAAUGAGUUGAAUUUCGUAUUGGGCGCCAGUUUGGUGGACAUCAACGAUAGAUGGGCGGAUGGAAAAGGACCUCUAGCAUUGCAGUUUAAGCCUGUAGAGUUGAAAUCACUAAUAAGAGCUUUGUUUCAAAAUACCGAUAGAAGGGCUGCUAUUUUGGUUAAAAUACAGGAAUAGGGCCAAAAAGUCUUAAUUGUUUUGGUUAUUUAUAGUUUUUAAUCAUUAAGUUUAAUAUAUUUAUGUCUAUGAAUAUUAUUUAUGUUAAUACAAUCUUUACACAA